CAAACUCGGACCCUGCUGAGCUUCUGGAGCUCCAUGGUUUUUAGGUCUAAUGCCGGAGUCCAGUGCUCGAAACGUGGCAACGCAUGGUGAGAGGAAAUCCCGAGUGGGGCUGUCAGCCUUGGGGUCCUUAAUCUCCUCGAACCGACGGACCAAUGCCCGCAUGGACAGAACACAGUUCGAGGGAGCCGAGAAGGAGUUGAGGAGGGUUGGUGGUGAUGAAGAAGUCGUUGCUUGCUACAAGCAGGCAGCAGAGCGGGAAGCCAAAGUCAUUGAGCAGGUGACCAACGGCCGAAUGAAAGUCUCGGGAGAUCGCAUCAUCCCCAACCAGGACAAGAAAAGAAACUCCCGGAGUCGAUCGAGAUCGAGAGAAGCCAAGAAAGUGACGUCGACGUCAGCUCAAAGUAGGUGAAGGGGUUGGAACAUGGUGAAAACCUGAGGGAAUUGCAGAUCAGACUAGUUUGAUGAUGUUUGAUGUUUGCAGCUCCGGCAAACUGUAGGCAAGAAACCAUACUCCGCAAACCAUCAAUGGCGAAGUCCGCGUGGC